AAUAUUCCCGAAAAUUUGGGAUAUUACAGUUUUGUAGGGAUAGUACACUCUGCAACAAUGAUUCCAACAUUACAGGAGAAAUUCUUCAUGGAGGGAGUUUUUUUCUGCAAAAUCAGAGCAAUGGGAGGUAGAAUGGUCUUAUUAGAAGGGCAUGACUAUGAAGACUUAAAAGAGCUGGUUGAAAAUGGCCGGGAUUGGCUAGGAUGCUGGUUUUCAAAGAUCAAACCAUGGUCUUCAACCACAAUUGCAGUAGAGAGGUUUGUGUGGAUAAAAUGCUUGGGAUUGCCCUUACAUGCAUGGAAAACAGAAUAUUUCCAAUCUUUUGGAAAUCUUUGGGGCACUUUUGUGUCUCUUGAUGACAGCACAAGCGGGAAAAAACGCCUAGAUGUGGCCAGAUUUCUCAUAACAACACCCAUGAUGGAAUCCAUCUCCAAAUCCUUAGACAUUAAGGUUAAUGGGGUUAUGUACCAUAUCAAGUUCUUUGAGGAGGAACACAGCAACGGCUUUUACAUAAUGGAGUCGGAUUUCAAAAUCAAAGGGGACAAUCACAUAGAUGAAGAUUACACAGAGGAGAGCUCCGGCGAGGAAGAACACAACUCAAUUGGCUCGAAACCCAAGCAUACAGGGGAAGGCGCAGAAGCUGAAAUUGAGUCAGUAGACUUAUGGGUACCAGAAACAGUGAUGGAAGAAGGUGAAAAGAAACUUGAUGAGGUGGCAUGCAUACUGGACAACACAUCAACACAGAAGCCAAUGAACACUCAAAAUGGUCAACAAAAGCAAAAGACUGACACAACUCAAGAAUUCAAAUCUGCAGAUAACAUGCAGGAGGAGGAGACGGCAAAGAGGAAGGAGCCAGAAGGGAUUGCAAUGGGCAGAUCUGUAAGAACAUCCAACAAGCAUUUAUUGCUCGAAGGGCUCGGCGAGGAUGUCAGACAGCAAAAUACAAAGAUGGGAGAAUGCAGCAAUGACAUGGGGACUGGAAACAAUUCAAAAGAGGGCUUCAGUGUAGAAGGCUCUUGGGAAAGCAAUGCAAAUAACACAAUGGGCCUGUCAAGGAAGGCUGGAAGGAGAAAUGGGCCUACUGGAUCAGGAAAUAUAACAAAGCCCAAAGAGAGAAGUAAUGGGCCAAAGGAUAAUGGGAAUUCUUCAAGCCCAUUAGCCUUACAAAGGCCUAAUAAAAAGGGGAAGAAGCUUGUAAUAGAGAAGAUGACACAGCAGGUUGGCUUUGAAGCAGAUCCGGCUCAAGUAGUGGCGGGUGACUCCAUUAAUGACAACAAUAUCCAGAAUUGCAAUACGAGUAUCACAGUGAAAGACAACAUCAGAGACACAGAAGCUUUAUGGAAUCGAAUUAAGGAUCUGGGGGUCUCAACAACAGGGGAUGAAAUACCGGUGCUGCGCAAGCUUGAGCUGCGCAAGCUUGAGGAGAUGGAAUUGCGAGAUAAAGGGGUUGGGAGGGUGUGGGAAAAAGAGAGAAGUGCGGGAGCUGCAAAGUGGAAAGAGCAUGAUAUUAAAGGAUGGGGUGGGUUCAUUUUAAAGGAGAAAAUGAAGAGAACAAAGGAAUUUCUGCGAGAGUGGUCAAAGGCAUCCCUCCAAGAAGUGGAUAGGAAGAUUGAUGAAGCCAAGGAGAUGAUAAAUAGGAUAUAUGGCAAAGGGAAUAAUGACAUCUUAACAGAUGAAGAUAUUCUACUCAGAAAAUGCCAACACACUGAGUUGUUAAAAAACAUGCAAAUGAAAGAAGAGAUGGCUCAGCAGAAAGCACGAAAAAUGUGGUUGAAAACAGGAGACGCUAACACCAGAUACUUCCACAAUUCUAUUAAGGGGAGAUGGCGUAGGAAUGAAAUAAAUGAAAUAUCCAUAGGAGGCAAGGUAGUGAAGCAAGUGGAAGAUAUUAAAGAAGGUAUCAUGAAGUACUAUGCAAGCUUGUUUACUGAUGAAGGAUGGAAGAGGCCAACUUUACAAGGGGUGAACUUCAAGUCAAUAUCAGAGGCAGACAGAUGUAUGCUCACACAACCGUUCACUGAAGAUGAAGUGAAAUUGGCAGUCUGGAAUUGUGACAACUCCAAAGCACCAGGCCCAGAUGGGUUUAGCUUCGGUUUGUUAAAGAAUGAAUGGGAGGUGAUAAAAGCAGAUGUCAUGAAGUUCCUCACAGAUUUCCAUAAAAAUGGCAGAUUGGUAAGGGGAUCAAAUGCCUCAUUUCUCGUCUUAAUACCAAAGACAGAAAAUCCCCAAGGCAUAGAGGAGUAUAGACCUAUCUCUCUAAUUGGAUGCACCUACAAAAUUAUGGCCAAAUUGUUAGCAAAUAGACUUAGCAAGGUACUGUCCACAAUCAUCAGAGAGACACAAUCAGCAUUUAUUGAGGGAAGACAGCUACUUGAUGGAGUGAUGGUUGCGAAUGAAGCAAUUGAAGGGAUGAGGAGGAAAAAAUCUAAGGGCUUUAUCUUCAAAAUUGACUUUGAAAAAGCAUAUGACAAUGUCAGUUGGUCUUUUCUUGAUUACAUGAUGGACAGAAUGGGCUUCGAUAAAAUCUGGAAAGGAUGGAUAUCAGGAUGCUUAAAAACUAGCACAGUGUCUGUUCUAAUUAAUGGAAGCGCCACCAAAGAGUUUGCCAUGUCAAGGGGGCUCAGGCAAGGAGACUCGCUAGCCCCGUUCCUAUUUUUGAUAGCGGCAGAAGCUAUAAAUGGACUAACUUCAGCAGCCAUUGCAAAAGGCUUCCUUCAAGGAAUAAGAGUCGAAGAUGGAGAGUUAAGGAUCAGCCACUUGCAAUUCGCAGAUGACACAUUAUUUAUGGGUGAAGCAACAGAAAACAAUAUAUGGACAGUUAAAUGUAUCAUGAGAGCAUUUGAAAUGGUGUCCAGCUUGAAGGUAAAUUAUGGUAAGAGCUCUUUAAUAGGAGUUAACACUGAAGAAGAAUGGACCACAAGCAUGGCAUGGAUGCUGAAAUGCAAGAUUGACUCUCUUCCCUGCAAAUAUCUAGGAGUGCCAUUGGGGGCAAACCCGAGGAGGAUAGAUACUUGGAAACCCCUAAUCGAAAAGUGCAGAAGAAAACUCUCAUUAUGGAAACAUCGAUUCCUAUCUUUUGGAGGAAGAAUCACCCUCCUAAACGCUGUGCUAUCAAGUCUACCAGUGUUUCUGAUGUCAUUCCACCUGCUCCCCAAAAUGCAUACAAGAUAUGGGCCAAUGGACAGAAAGGUGCUUGAGCUGGAGAUUACAGUGGAGAAGAACACUUCGAGCUUGGGAAGAGGACUCACUACAAAAAUUGCUCCAGGCCAUAAAGGACACAAAGCUGGUGCAAAAUGCCGAGGACACAUGGAGCUGGAAACUAGUAGAUGGGGGUAAAUACAUUACAAGGUCGGCAUAUGAGUGGCUUGCUAACAAGGAUGAAAGCAAAAAGCUCGAUUAUAAAAAGCUGUGGGGUGAACAGGUACCAUCAAAAGUGAUUGCUUUUUCAUGGCAAAUGCUUUUAAAUAGAAUCCCUACAAAGGU